AUGUCUUACAACCCUAUUGAUAAGUGCUGGAGAAGAGAUCCAAAUUGGGCACAAAACAGAAUGAAGCUUGCGGAUUGUGCUGUGGGCUUCGGCAGUGCAGCCAAGGGAGGCAAUGGAGGAAAGAUGUAUACAGUCAUCAGUCCUGGUUACAAUGCUGUAAAUCCCUCACCUGGGACUCUCAGAUACGGAGUUACUCGCAGUGGUUCUCUCUGGAUAGUUUUUGCCAGUGAUAUGGAGAUAAAGCUUCAGAUGCCCCUCUUUUUCACAAUCCGCAAGACUAUCGACGCAAGGGGCUCAAAUGUUUACAUCGGGAAUGGGCCUUGCAUUACCCUUGUGAAUGUGAGCAACGUUAUCAUUCACGGAUUGAACAUCCAUGACUAUCAGCCAUCUAAACCAGGCAAGAUUUUGCUCUCUGAGGGUACGCAGACCGAGGAAAUCGAAACACAAGAUGGAGAUGGUAUUUCAGUUCGCAAUUCCCGAGACGUUUGGAUCGAUCAUAACACAUUAGUCAGUUGCUCAGAUGGACUAGUUGAUGUUACGCUUGCCUCCACUGCAGUUACCAUUUCAAACAACCGUUUCUCUUACCAUGACAAGGUGAUGCUUUUGGGCCAUAGUGAUGAUUAUACAGCCGAUAAAGCCAUGAAGGUCACAGUGGCGUUCAACCACUUUGGGCCUGGCCUCACUGAACGAAUGCCAAAAGUAUUGUGGGGAUAUGUGCAUGUUGCUAAUAACAACUACGAACCAUCGGGAACAUAUGCAAUUGGAGGGAGUGCAGAUCCCAUUAUCAAAAGCGAAGGAAAUCUCUUUGUUGCUCCGAAUGAGGAGAACAAUAAACAGGAUCCAGGACUAGAGAUGAGGCCAAGACAUGUGUCUUGGGACACCAUUACAGUGACAGGAUUGGCGCUACCAACAAUGCUAGCAGGAGUGAUCAGUGGGUUCCUAUGUCUGGACAGGGUGACAAGAGUGACACAACUGUUGGAGAUAGUUCCCAUGCCUUGGGACAUUUAUGUAGAUGUAGAGGAUGCAGGGAUGGAAGUAGAUUAUACUUCAUAUUGGGAAGAGCAUCUAUUUCCACGACUGAUGGAUCCAGGGGAGCUGAUAGAGGGAGACGGUGGAUGUGAUGGAGAUGAUAGUGGGGAUGGCAGAGGUAGAGGAUGA